GAGAGAGAGAAGAACAGAGAGAGUGGGAGAGCAGCGUAAAAACCAGGACAUGUCAUUUUCACCAAAGGAAGUUAGUGAAGACGGUCUCUCCCUCUUUGUAGAACGGACUACGUCCGUGAGACCAACUCCAGUUGGUGUCACCAUACAGACCUAUCCAGGCCUCUCCUGUGUCACCACCGGAAGCCCCAUAGACUCUAUUCAUGUCCUCCAUGUUGUCUAUGGUGGCCAGCAGCAGCUGGGCCGUAUAGCCGAGCUGGAGAGAGAGGGCAGCAGCAUGCGGUGUCUCCACUCCAAGUCCCUGCAGGCCCUGAAGGUCCACUUCCUGUCUGAAAAGGAGCGCUACGAGCGCCAGGUCAAACACAGGGUGCAGGCCCUCACUCUGGCUGCUAACAGGGAGGCGCUUCUCUGCCUCCACACCCACACCAGGGAGGUGUCUGAGGAGAACCAGCGGCUGCGGUCUGAGCUGCUGGUUCUGAUCCGCCGCGCCCAGGCCCUGAGGGCCCGCCAGGAGCAGCUGCAGGCCCAGCGCCAGGCUCUGCUGAUGGAGAGGGAGUACGUCAGGGAGCUCCAGCGCCUGCGGGCCGCCCUGCUGCAGUACCACCUGCAGACACAGGGGGGCGCCAACACACCUGAGGAUAAAGACACACACAGGCACUGAUGCCUGAAGGGGGAUCGUUUCUCAGGGUUUGGGAUACUUGUCAUCUGGUAAAGACCGGCUCUGGGUUCAAGCAGCAGAAAUACCAGGAAGUCAUUAAACUGGUUAGAGCUGGUCCACCUCUCUGACUCUCCUUCUUACCCUCUCGUUAUCUGGCUCCACUUCUCCUUGUCUGCUUUCUAAAAGUGUCACUCGCUACUGCUUUUCAUAUAUUAAAAAACACAUUGUUAUAAAACAAUACUUUUUUUUAUUAUUACAUUUUUUACAGUAUUUUCAACACUUUUCAAGCAAAGCAAGCAACAUUUGUUUAUAAAGCACUUUAAGAUCCAAAGUGAAACACAAAGUGCUGUACAGUAAAACAAUAAAAGAAUGCAUAAAAGCCCUAAAUACAAAGACUCACGCGUCUUAUGGCUGAGCGGUUAGGGAAUCGGGCUUCUAAU